GUAGGUUCAGAAGAGUCAAAAGAAAUGGAGAGACAGUUAGUUGGACGUAGCAUCAGGGCUCGUUGUUCAAGUCAUUCAUCCCAGUUUUUGAGACCAACAAAAUAACGCCCACUUUUCAUCUUUCAUUUGUUUGCUCAAAUUUUCCAACUUUUUUUAGUUGCAAAGUGGUAAAUCCCAAGAGAAAUUUGAAAACUUUAUAAUACAGAAAAUAAAUUAUGUAAAUGCAAAUACUUGGUUUCCUUCAAUUUUCAAUUUUUAUUUCCUUUCCUGGCAACUUUUGCUUGUGUCUUUUACCUCAGAAUUUGGUUUGCAGAAAACUCUUGGGAAAACUCCAUCAAAAGGGUACUGUUCAAACUCUGAGGAACUCUCAAAGACCAGCCAAAAACGACUCGUUUUUGUUUUGGUUUCUGCGCUUGAGCUGUACGUACUUGGUUUUUUUUUUUUUAAAAAAAGAAGAAGAAAAAAGACAAGCCCUUUUGCUCCUCCUUGUUCAUAUUCAAACCUGGUUAAGGUUUCUCUUUCUCCAUCUCCAUUCUCCGAGAGGUAAGGUGAGUGGUCUGAGCUUUGCAUAUUAGAUUUGUGGACCCAACAGAUUUGUGACUUUGUGAGUUCAAACUUGAAGCCAUUCUUGGUUUGAAGAAGGUUGUGCUUCGCUCAAUUGGACCCAAGAUUGACAAUAGCAGCUCCUUAGGCUUCUGUUAAUUACCAAUCCAUAUCAAGCUUUGCUCUCGGGAGAGAGAUACACCGAUUAUUCCAGGCAUAAUACAAAUGUAACUUAUUGGAGCAUAGCACAAUUGUUGAAAAUGGACAUUAAGGAGGCAGAGCGGGUAGUGAUAGCUAAACCUGUUGCUUCAAGGCCUACUUGUUCCAGCUUUAAGUCAUUCACGGAGCUUCUCACAGGUGCUAUCGAUGCAUCACCCUCUAAUGUAUCUUCUGAAACUGCUGUUCCUGCCAUCAGACCAAAGACUGUAAGGUUCAAGCCAACAGCAACUCUUCCGGUUGCUGGAUUGAUUUCUUCCCAGGCAGAGACCUCUGGUGCUGCACUUAGUAAUUCAGCAGAGAAGGUUUCAAAAUCAGAUAAUAAAUCAACUGUGGUAUAUAAACCAUUGGCAAAAGUUGUAUCAAGGGCGACUGUUACUGCCUUGGCUAAUCUGGGAAACUUCAAUACUAGCCGGCAACAACCACAAUCAUCAGUUGGGGUUGGAGUGGUUCUACAUCCAAACCGCGAAAAAUGCUUUAAAACCCAACUUAUCUCCAACCUCUACCAGAAAAGUCCAUCAUGUGCUGAGACAAGCCAGAGUACAGAACCAGUAAAGAUAGUACCACAAAAUAUGGAAGAGGAUGCAAAAAAUAUACCAGCUGCAGCCAAUAGUGAUAGGCCUUCUUAUGAUGGAUAUAAUUGGAGAAAAUAUGGACAAAAGCAAGUCAAGGGAAGUGACUAUCCGCGAAGUUAUUACAAGUGCACACAUCCAAAUUGUCCUGUGAAAAAGAAGGUUGAGAGAUCUUUGGAUGGGCAGAUUGCUGAGAUUGUAUACAAGGGAGAACACAACCACUCAAAGCCUCAGCCUCCAAAGCGCAGCUCCUCUGGGACGCAAGGGUCAGGAUUUGCAUCUGAUGCAACUGGUCAAGAUAACAACACCCGGUUAUGGAAUAGUCAUCUUAAUGAAAAGCAUGAAGGUUCUGAAGGUAGAGUAGAGGAUCAGAAUGAAGUUGGAGUACCUGUGCAUUCUUAUCAAAGCAAAUCCAUAGUACAUUAUGAUCCACCUGCAACUGGAGCAUUACAUGCUGGAGGUGCAACUCCUGAUAAUUCUUGUGGAGUCAGCGGAGAAUGCGAGGAAGGAAGCAAGGGAGUUGAAGCAGAUGAUUAUGAGCCUAGAUGUAAGAGAAGAAAAAGUGAGAAUCAAUCAAAUGAAGUAGGCGUAUCGGGGGAAGUCAUGCAAGAACCUCGUGUUGUGGUGCAGAGUUCUGCAGAUUCUGAGAUUACAGGUGAUGGCUUCCGCUGGAGGAAAUAUGGGCAGAAGGUUGUAAAGGGAAAUCCAUAUCCCAGAAGUUACUACAGAUGCACCAGUGUCAAAUGCAGUGUGCGUAAGCAUGUGGAAAGAGUCUCAGAGGAUCCGAAAGCCUUUAUCACAACAUACGAGGGAAAGCACAACCAUGACAUGCCACUGAGGACCGCAAACCCAGGAGCAUCAUCAGAAAAGGAUACACAGCCCCCCCCUACAAGUAAAGAAAAGCCAUGAAUCUGUCAAAUUCACUCUCAGGGAUCAAGCUGUUGAACCCCCCAUCUUUAAUCUGACAAACUUGUCAAAUUGGGCUUGCAGUGGAUUUAAAUCAUAUCAGACACCAAAUAAGUUGCAGUGAUAUUCUGAUGCCCACUUUUAUUGGCCUGCUGCAAAUACUUUGGUGGAAUGGAAUCUCUUUGAAAGUUGCUGCUUGAUGGAGAUAUUUAUUAAUGUGCGUUUCUGGAAACAUAGAAAUGGGUGAAAAUAUUUUGGCUUAAUUUUCCCUAUUGCCGGUGCUGCCUUAGUUCAUUAGUAGAGUAGCAUAAUUUUUUUUUUUCCUAUUUUAAUUGUUAUUAAUCGAGCCACUUCAUAGUUCAUGUAAUAAAAAUGUCUUGGUUACACAUUAAUGGCAGUUAGGUUGAUAACUUGGUAGCGCUCAUCCCACUAAAUUGUAAGGACAAGGACACGUUUAAAGAUUCAAUUUUUAGUGA